CAUAAUAGACCGAUGCGAGUGCUAUUCAGCGGCGACGACACGAUGGCCACAUUCUCCGCGGCAACGCGAGUGAUGAAGCAUAUCCCAACAUCCGCUACUGCAUUAUUGUCAUGAAAACGUUGGGGAUAAAGCGGCGAGCAGAUGAAGAAGAGGCGGAGGCGGAGCGACAGGCCGCGGAUGCCGAGGCGAAGCACGGUGCGCCUCACCCCCGGCUCGUGAACUUGGAGCACGUCCGGUUGGUGCAGGACGGCGUCGCUCCGGCCGAGCUUUGUCGCGAGCUGAUGAUGCUGUACCGGGCGGUCAGCACCGUGGGCUAUCGGCCGCACGUGCGCUCCGCCACCAUACACGACGUCAUCGUCACCGCGCCUUGGCUGCUGCCACCGCUGGUGCGGGCGCGGCAGGCGGUGCUGUGUGCGGUGGAGGCUGCAUUUGGCCUGGACAUGGAGCUCGCGGUGGAGUUCAGCGGCCUCAUAGGCUGGCGGUCGGGAGCGGCGCUGGGCUGGCACCACGAUGCCAACAGGGAGUACCUGUCCCGGCGCCACGUGUCGGCGGUGUUGUACCUGAGCGAUCAGGGCGUCGACUUUGGCGGCGGUGACUUCAGGUUCCAGGACGGCCCGGAACCUCUGCGUGUGGCACCACGAGCUGGGCGCCUGGUGGCCUACACCGCAGACGCCCGCAACAUGCACUGUGUGGAGCGGGUGGCGUGGGGCGAGCGCGUGGCGCUGACGCUGUGGUUCAGCCUGGAGCCGGCGGCGGCGGAGGACGGCAAGGUGCUGGAGCAGCUGCGCCGCUGCCCCCAGCUGCAGCUACAACCUGCCGAGCCACAGCCAGAGCCGCAGGGCACGCAGGGCCAGCAGGGCCCGCCGGACCAGCAGCUACAGCCGGAGGGGAGGGACCCAGCAGACCCAGAGUCGCCAGCUGGGAAAGGUGGCACCCAUGGUGUGUGGCUGGGCCCCGGCCUGCCUGACACCAUGUUCCUCCUUCACCACCACCACCACCAGCAGCAGCAGCAGCAGCAGCAGCAGCAGCAGCAGCAGCAGCAGCAGCAAGGACAACAGCAGCAAGUACCCCAACAAGGACACCGCCAGUCGGAGGCACAGGCGCGGCUGGCAUCGUCACCGGAUCCGGGGCCCGUCGCGCCGCAGCACACGGCGCUGGAUGCGGGGCCGGUUGGGGAGGCUCGGGGUCGGGGUGGCAAAGCAGCCGCUGCUGCCACUGCCGCUGCCGCGCAAGCACAUGCCGCAGGGGCUGUUGACAUCCGCGUCCAGCGACUAAGGGAGCUGGGGCUGCAUGUGCGCGUGUCCAGUGCGUCCGGCAAGGCGGUGGCGGCGGCGAUGGCGGAAGGGUCGGCUGCAGGACCAGGCGGCGGAACAGCAGCAGCAGCAGCAGCAGCAGCAGCAGCAGCAGCAGCAGCAGCAGCAGCAGCAGCAGCAGCAGCAGCAGGAGCAUCAACGGCGGCGGCGGCGGCGGGUCCCGCGGGCGACAGUGCCUGUGGCAGUGUGUGGGUUCAUGCAGCACUAACGGCGGGCCCAGGUGCGGGACUGCUGGAUGCAGCGUGCGCGAAUCAGCGCCGCACCAGUUGCAGCAGUGGCGGAGGCGGCAGUGGCAGCAGCGGCAGCGACGGCGGCGGCGGUGGGGAUGUCGGGGGCGCUGGCGGUCUGCGGUUUGCUAGCUUGACGGCGGCGUUGUUGGCAGCUGUGUUCACCGUGUAUCGCCUGGGGUCAACUGUACCGGAGGUGGCGAGUGAAGCUGCGGCGGUUGGGGCAGAGUCGCAACAAGAGGUCGUGGCGGCGACCGUUGGCGGUGAACCGCCGGAAACGGUUGGAGUGGGCAGCGGGGCGGGAGGGGCAGGCGCCGGGGCGGGGGCGUCGGGGGCGCCAGUGACGCACGUGCCGAUACAGCAGCUGGCGGCGACUGUGGCGGCGGGGGCGCAAGGGUGCAGCGGCGCGCGGCGGGGGCCUUUGCAGCGGUAUGUGGAGGCGGCGACUGCGCAGCUGCAGCGGCAGCUGCCGGGCUGGCUGCAGCUGGGGUCCCUGCUGGGCGCCGGGACUGAGGAGUGACGAGUGCAAGACCGGCUGUGCUGUUGGUGCGCUGCAUAUGUUCUGUGAGGUGGUGGCGACCGGCUGGGCGCGAGUGCUUGUCCCCAAUGCGAAAUUGCGAUUCUUGCGAUUGGUUUGUAUGGGUGCGAGAGAGACUGGUGCAGGAGGAUGGGGCGGUGUGGGUGGUUCUGUGCUUCAGGCUUAAACAAUAAUGAGCGUAGUUCCCACCAAGUUCUGGUCUCGUUUACUACCUGGCAUCUGCACGCCUGCAAGUCAUCUCAUAGCGCGCUGGGGCAUCAAUGACACAUGCCGGACGAUCCAAAUCCAUCGCCGGCUGUAAGUAACUGGCCAG